AUGCGACGGCAAAACACCCAAGUGCACCACCCGCCCUCACUCGCCUACGUGCGAUCAUUAGAGGAGGAAAUCCAGGAACUGAAAGCGCAACUGCGACAAGCCAAGACCCAAGUUUGGCUAAGCAGGGCCGGCUCUCACGAUGACAAGAAGCUGCCUUCAGCAUCGCCCGCUAGCGAAACCGCCGGAUCUCAAAGUUCAGGUCAAGCUCUGGCACAUCGAAAUCGACAUAUCAAGUGGGAAGCCGACAUUAGCGUGGACGACAGUGGAGGUGUAACGUUUCACAACUCGACGUCUCCCAUUCACGAACCACCGUCAAGUCAGCGCCAUCACCCCCCUAUAGCUGCCCAGCUCAGUUACAGUGGAAAUCUGCACGAGGACCAGCGUGUAAAACGAGACCUAAUCUUAAAUGCCACUCACCAAAGACAGAUUGAACCUUUUGCAAUUGCAAAUGGCGCCGCGAAGACAAACGUGCCAAAGGAAAUUUCGCAUGAACUGCUCAAGUAUCACUGGUGCUGGAUGCAUCCUUUAUUUCUGUUUGUGUACAGGCCUGCAUUUACAAGAGGCAUGGCCAUGGUGGAUCUGAAUACUCCAGGCGCCCAAGAUCCACCAUACUUUUCAGAAACUCUGUUGAAGGUGAUACACGCACAUGGUUCCAGAUUUUUGAAUCACGACGUUUACCAGGACCAAUAUCACAGUGUACUGAGCCAGCACAGCCCCAUGGGAAGCUCAAUGAGCGCUGGAGAGUUUAUGCAAAAAAUCACAGAUGAAGCGCGAUUUGGCUUGGGCAUGGACAUUUUGAGGAACAGCUCUAUUCCAACCAUUCAAGCCCUGCUGCAACAGUCUGCCCGAGAAGUCGUGCUUGGGAGAUCAUCUCAAGCGUGGACAUUCUCAGGCGUCGCUUUUCGCAUGGCGUUAGAUAUGGGAAUCCACCUUCCCAGCGACAAACUCCAGGCGUUUGUGAAAAGUUUGACACCUGAAGACAUCGAAAUUCGAAAGCGCUUGUUUUGGAGUUGCUAUACUUGGGAUAAAAUCCUGUCCUUAUACCUGGGUCGGAUGCCCGGUUUCACUCCCGCGACCGAGGAAGUUCCCCUUACCUUCAUGGAUGACUACAGUGAUAGCGACCUCUGGGCACCAUACUAUGGAGAGACGCCGACGCCUGAACUCGCGAGUGCCCCCAAUUACCCUCCUUGCCCUGGAUAUGUGGUUUCAUGCUUCCGACAGCUGUGCAAGAUUUGCGUCAUUCUUAACGAUCUGAUGCACAACAUCUAUUCUUCUGAGGCGGCGGCUCGCCGUGAGAUGGAAGAGGAAGACCAUUCAGCAGAAGCCAAAGCAGUCAGCGAGGCGCCUUUUGUGCGAAUCUCGCGCGACCUACGAGACUGGCUCAUUUCCUUGCCUCCUCAUCUGCGAAUCAACCCUGAUCAAAUGCCAUCUCUAGCACCACCCGUCCAUAUUAUGUCGCUGAAUUUACUCUACCACACAACCGUGAUCCUUCUGCACCGCCCGGUUGUGCUUGGAGCACGGGACAUGAGCGCACCGGGACCCGCGCGGUCAUGGCAAAUGUGCAUUCAGGCAACAGGGGCCAUCCACGAUCUGAUCAUGUUGCAAGCAAAUACGUUCGGACUUACUCAUGUCUCCUAUCUCAAUGCCUACAGCGUUUACAUUGCCGCAACCAUCGCUGUUCUGCGAUUUGAAAGAGAAUACCAACCGGGCGAUGACCCCGCGGCUGCAGCACAGAAGAAUGGCUUGAGUUUUCUCUUGGAGGUGCUGCAAAAGACUUCAAGUACCAUGCCAGUUUUGGAGCGUAGCAACGCCAUCAUCCGAAAGCGAAUGAAGGCGGCCCUGGACCGCCAAAAGGCCCAGCAAAGUCAAGUUAGAAGGACCUAUUCGAACGGAUCAACACCACCCAAUGCUAAAUUCAGCAUUCCAACCCCGACUAGUCAUCAAAUGGAUCUCGCACAGCCGACGGCGUUUCAAGCACUGUCAAAUCCGGCCUUGGUGCAUGGGGCAUACUCACAACCAGAUACCCCGGGUUCCUUCGUUGCACCCAUGCAAUGGCAAUCGGGGAUGAGAAGCAGUCUCUACUCGGAACCAGCCCACGGAUCAGAAGACUUCCUACCAGCUUUUCCCGGACAACAGUUCCCGGUGGGCUCUGAGCACAGCUUUGGCAGUAACGAGGUUGAUCCGCAUGCAAGGACGGCACUGCUAGGUUACAAUCUCGAUCCACACCCAAGGUUGAGUACGGGCGAUAUCGACUGGAAUUUCAUGGAUACCUUCGAGGGCCAGUCAGUCCAUAUGUGA